AUGUUCUCCAAGUACAUUGUUCCGGCUAUUGCCGCCACCAACCUGCUCAAUGGAGUCGAGGGUUCCUCCCGCCACCGACACCUGCACAAGAAGGAUGUCGUCUAUGCUGCCACCGAGGUUGAUGUCACCACCGUCUGGGAGACCGUGACCGUCACCGCUGGCGACGAGACCCCCGCCGCUACUCCCUCGGCCGCCAACUUUGUUGCUGCCGCCGCCCCCGACUCUUCCUACGAGGCAUCCUCUGUCGCGACCACUGCCACCUCUUCUUCCGAGGCCGUCAUUGUCGCCCCGACCACCUACUCGACCCCCAGCACCACCACUCUGUCCACCGUUCAGACUUCUGCUGCUGCCCCCGAGACCAGCUCCACCAGCACUUACGUUGCUGUCACCACUACUGCCGCUGCUUCCACCACUUCCACAGCCGCUGCCAGCACUACUUCGGCUGCUUCGACCGGCUCUUCCAGCAGCAGCGGUACCAAGCGUGGUCUUGGUUACAACGAUGCUUCUCUCGUCUCCACCAUCGUCUCUGCCGCCUCCGCCUCGUUUGGCUGGUGCUACGACUGGGGCUUCACCAACGGUGGCCUGACUGCCAACAUCAACUACAUUCCCAUGCUCUGGGGUCCUACCCACUACGACUCCUCCUGGAGCGAGGCCGCUUCCGCCGCCGUCUCUGAUGGUGUUGAGGCUCUUCUCAGCUUCAACGAGUGCGACAAUGCUGGCCAGGCUAACCUCGAUGCCGCCACUGCUGCCACCUACCACACUGAGUACUUCUCCGAGUACCAGGGCAAGAUCAAGAUUGGUGCUCCUUCCAUCACCAGCAGCGCUGACGCCGGACUCGGUCUCGACUGGCUCGCCUCUUUCAUGUCAGCCUGUGGCAGCAGCUGCCCCAUCGACUUUGUCAACCUGCACUGGUACGGUCCCGGUGGCGAGGAGGGUGCUCAGACCUUCCUGGACUACCUUGUUGAGGCCUACACUCAGACCAACUACCCCGUCUGGGUCACCGAGUUCGGUGUCACCUCGGGCGACGAGGACACUUUCCUCACCUACGCCCUUGACCAGCUCGACAACAACUCGACCUACAGCUUCGUCGACAAGUACGCCUACUUCUACCUCGCCACUGGCUACCUGAUGGAGAGCACCACUAGCCUCAGCACUGCCGGUAGCAUCUACGCCUCGUCUUCGUAA